AGUUUCAGGUCUGUGCGGCUGCUAAAGAACGACCCAGUCACCUUCCAGAAGUUCCCGUACACUAGUGAGGAUGAGGCCUGGAAGACAUACCUGGAGAACCCCUUGACAGCCGCCACGAAGGCCAUGAUGAGAGUCAACGGGGACGAUGACAGCGUCGCAGCCCUGAGCUUCCUCUAUGAUUACUACAUGGGCCCGAAGGAGAAGCGGAUACUGUCCUCCAGCACAGGGGGCCGUAACGACCAAGGAAAGCGGAACUACCAUGGCAUGGAGUACGAGACGGACCUCGCCCCCCUUGAAAGCCCCACACACCUCAUGAAAUUCCUGACGGAGAAUGUGUCUGCCACGCCAGAGUACCCCGAUCUGCUCAAGAAGAAUAACCUGAUGACCCUGGAGGGGGCCGUGCCCACCCCUGGCAAAGCUGCUCCCCUCCUGCCGGGCCCCAGCAAGCUGGAAGCAGGCUCUGCGGACAGCUACCUGUUGCCCACCAGUGACAUGUACGACGGCGGCUCCCUCAGCUCCUUGUUUGAGAGCAUUCACGGGGUGCCCCCUGCCCAGCGCUGGCAGCCAGACAGCACCUUCAAGGAUGACCCGCAGGAGUCACUACUCUUCCCUGAUAUUCUGAAAACAUCCCCGGAACCCCUGUGUCCAGAGGACUACCCCAGCCUCAAGAGUGACUUUGAGUACACCCUGGGCUCCCCCAAAGCCAUCCACAUCAAGGCAGGCGAGUCACCCAUGGCGUACCUCAACAAGGGCCAGUUCUACCCUGUCACGCUGCGGACCCCAGCAGGUGGCAAAGGCCUAGCCUUGUCCUCCAACAAAGUCAAGAGUGUGGUGAUGGUCGUCUUCGACAACGAGAAGGUCCCAGUGGAGCAGCUGCGGCUCUGGAAGCACUGGCAUUCCCGGCAGCCCACGGCCAAGCAGCGCGUCAUCGACGUGGCUGACUGCAAAGAGAACUUCAACACUGUGCAGCACAUCGAGGAGGUGGCCUACAAUGCGCUGUCCUUCAUGUGGAACGUCAACGAGGAGGCCAAGGUGUUCAUCGGUGUCAACUGCCUAAGUACGGACUUCUCCUCGCAGAAGGGGGUGAAGGGCGUCCCCCUGAACCUGCAGAUCGACACCUACGACUGUGGGUCGGGCGCUGAGCGCCUGGUGCACCGCGCCGUCUGCCAGAUCAAGAUCUUCUGUGACAAGGGAGCUGAGAGGAAGAUGCGGGAUGAUGAGAGGAAGCAGUUCCGGAGGAAGGUCAAGUGCCCCGAUUCCAGCAACAGUGGCAUCAAGGGCUGCCUCCUGUCAGGCUUCAGGGGCAACGAGACCACCUACCUUCGGCCCGAGGCUGACCUGGAGACACCCCCGGUGCUGUUCAUCCCCAACGUGCACUUCUGCAGCCUGCAGCGCCCGGGAGGGGCUGUCCCCGCAGCCGGACACGGCAGCUCCAGCAGGCUGCCCUUGAAGCGCACCGGCUCACCCUUCGCUGAAGAGUUCGAGCCCCUGCCCUCCAAGCAAGCCAAGGAAGAUGACCUCCAAAGAGUCCUGCUGUACGUGCGGAGGGAGACGGAGGAGGUGUUCGAUGCCCUCAUGUUGAAGACCCCAGACCUGAAGGGGCUGAGGAACGCGAUCUCGGAGAAGUACGGGCUCCCUGAGGAGAAUAUUCACAAAGUCUACAAGAAGUGCAAGCGGGGGAUCUUGGUCAACAUGGACAACAACAUCAUUCAGCAUUACAGCAACCACGUCGCCUUCCUGCUGGACAUGGGGGAGCUGGAUGGCAAGAUUCAGAUCACCCUCAAGGAGCUGUAGGGCCUGAGCAGCUCCAUGCUGCUCGGAGUGGCGCCAGCCCGGAAGCAGCCACGCCCGCGGCCUCUCCACCUGCCUCAGGCUCUUACUCGAACGCCUUCCUGAGGGGAGGGGCCCUCAAGUGAGAACCCCACUAAUGCCGGGCCUGGAACCCCUACCGCACGCUCGGAUCUCCCUGAGCCACCUGCCGGUGCCCAGGGCCUGCCUGACCUGCUGACGCUCGCGGGGCGGUGAAGGAGCCCGCUGUCCCCAGUCAGCGCCAGCUGACCCCACUCCGGUCUGGCCCUACUGUUGAUUCUUCCAUCAACAUCUGACUCAGGACUCUCGCCCUUCGGCCAGUUCGCUCUCCGUUCCCAGGAAGACUCCGUUCCCAGGGAGACUCUCCGUUCCCAGGGAGACUCUCCGUUCCCAGCACAAAUGACUUUCAGAAGACCCCAGCGGAAACCUCGUCUCUCUCACGGACUGCCCAGCGCGGGGUGUAAAUAUGGAGCCAGUGGACUGGGGCAGAGUGACCACUGCUGUGUAGAAUGACCGUCUUGCCCACUCGCUGCUGUAUACAUUUCUUAUUUACAGUUUUCAUUUAUGUUAUAUAUAUAUAAGUAUAUAUUGUAUAUAUAUGCAACAUUUUAUAUUUUUCAUGGAUACAUUUUUAUCAUUUCAAAAAAUGUGUAUUUCACAUUUCUUGGACUAUUUUUUUAGCUGUUAUUGAGUACUGCAUUUUGUAUACUCACAUGGUAUUUAGUAAUAAAAGCCUACCUAUGUGUUCCUGCAGAUGCUACGUCUGUUCCUCUGUGAGAGCCUCUGGGAAGGGAGGGUCGAGAGAUGUGGCCUCUCCCCUCCUGUCCCCAGGCAUUGGCUCUGUGGACACCCUUUGCCCUGGGCUUGAAGGCCGGUGGUAAGUCGGGGCACAGGCGAAGCAGAGGCGCCCGCCCCGGGAGGCAGCAGGAUCGUGGUCUUGUGUGGUCCCCCCCAAGGCCGGAUCUAAUGAUCGUUGACUCUGGGUGUGCGAUGACCUUGCCGAGAACUGGCGGUGAGGGCCAGUGGGCACAGCCCGGUGGGAGGAGCUGUGUGACCUCUGCCCCCACGCCCUGGGCCGAGUCACUUUCCCUGGAGCCAGCUCCUGCCAGCUCACAAGGGCGACGGCACAGCCCACGCCAUCGUACUGGCCAUGGGAACUCCACACGGGGGGUAGGGUGGGGGGACUGACACCACAGUAUUGACAAAGGCUGCAAACCAAAGCCGUCAGUUCCCAGGGGACAAGUGCCCCUGAGAGCGGCUCACCAGCACGCUGCCGUGGAGUCCUCAGUCUCUUUGGCCACGAAAUGCAGGGCGUGGUCUGCACUGACCACUGGUGACUAUUGUCUUUAGGACUUCAGGGUUCACUGGUGGGUGUCCCACCCCUGCACAGCCUCCUGCAGGGCCAGCAAGGACACGUCUCUGUCCUCUCCAGGUAAAGGGCAAGGGCUGCCAUGCCUGCAAAAGGCCACUAAGACCUCAAGGAAGGCCCUGCACGCCUUGAGGCA